UGUGCGCUGGGUUUGUGCGCUGGCUUCAGCCUGGUUAAAAUUUAAUCGUGUAAUUCCAAUCAUGGCGGCCGAGUUCAAGACCGCACAGCCGGUGGAAUACUACAGACAGUUUUUGAAGGAAGAGGUAAGACCAGAUGGAAGAGAGUUAGGAGAAAUAAGAUCAACCAUUCUCAAUGUUGGGUCCAUCAGCACUGCCCAUGGAUCAGCUCUAGUUAAACUUGGAAACACAACAGUAGUGUGUGGCAUCAAAGGAGAAUUUGCAUCCCCUACAGUUGAAGAGCCCAAGAAAGGAUACAUAGUUCCUAAUGUGGAUCUGCCACCACUGUGUUCAUCUCGUUUUAAACCUGGUCCUCCAAGCAUCCAAGCUCAGGUCACAUCUCAAUUGGUAGCUGAUACUCUACAGAGCUCCAACAUCCUCAACUAUGAAGACCUUUGCAUCAAAGAAGGGAAUAUGGUAUGGGUUCUAUACUGUGACAUGAUAUGUCUGGAUUAUGAUGGUAAUAUCAUUGACGCCUGCCUGAUAGCCCUUCUAGCUGCUCUCAGAAAUGUGAGACUACCAGUGGUAACCAUGAACGAAGACACAGGCUUAGCCGAGCUCUCGUCAACAGAAAACAAAUCAUUGGACAUUGUCAAUCAGUUUGCUGCCACUACAUUCUCUGUCUUUGAUGAUUCCAUCCUGCUGGUAGAUCCAACAGUAGAAGAAGAAGACCUAGCUACUGGAUUAAUGACUGUCAUUGUCAACCAGGAUGGAAGAAUAUGUAACAUACAUAAACCAGGAGGGACACCCUUAAUCUCUGAUCAGAUUCAGGAUUGUAUUAGUCGAGCCCAGACUAGAGCUAAAGAGGUAUGCAGACUGAUUGAUGAUACAUUAGACAGCAUUGAGAGAUGACCUUAGUAGGAUUGAGCGUAUGGAUGUAGAUAAACCCACAUUUUGGGAGAGACGGACAUAAGGGGUGUUGCAAAAAUAUUGCAAUAUUUGUUAUCAAUUGUAAAUUUCAGUUGCAAAAUUACAAGGGAUAGAUCAAUUUUAGAUAAAGUAAAUUGAUAGAGUUUGGGUGGUCCUUUUCAGCACCAAAACUUGCCCAAGAAAAAUACAUGGUGUACCGUGAAACCUACUACAUGAUUUAUUGUUGUUGAUACAAGAGGCUGACCAGUGAUCAAUAGUAAAUUUGCAAUUAGUUGCAAGACUUAUGAUUGAUUUUGGGGACGAAAAUCGGCUUACAUCGAUUGCAAGUUUCUUGCAACACCCCAAUCGUCUAUGAAUGAUUAUUUUCAUGUUACUUAGAAAGGAUAGCAUGGGAAAAUGAUCCACUGCAAAGGAUUGACCAUUAAAUACCCUCACAUUCAUGAUCUAACAUAUAACAGCUGAAACUGAUGGAUCGAUAAUUUGAGUGUAGUCCCAUACAUGCUUAUAUGUAUGCAGUGCAUGUAACAUUCAGAAGAAUUGAGUCACUGUUCAUUAUAUUUGGUGAUUCCAAUGCUUUACAGCAAACACUAGUUUUUAGGUACAUUAUAAACAAGUCUUUCACAAUUAUUUUGAGACUGGCUCCUCCAAUUAUUCAAAUCAAAACCAGAACUAAUCUUAUCUAUGAGAUACAUUGUUAACCUUUAAUGUACAAAGACUAAUGGCUAUGUAAAUGUGUAUGUACUUUGAAAGUAGUGAAACUUCAUCCUUUUCAAACUGGCUUAUAUACUCACAUGUCUAAAGUCGAUUGGUAAUAAUAAUAAUGGUACUUGCUUUUUGAACGCACAACGCUUACUUCUCAAGUGUGUAUUUAUGUGAUAUUGAUAAGGGUUUCGAAAGUAAGACAAAUAAUUACUAUUAUGAGAGGGCUUAAAUUAAUCCAUGGCUGUAAAGGCCAUGGUAUGGGAUGCCGUAAUGAUUGAACCUGUGCUCUUCUUAUUGGCCUACGGGAUUUGUGAAUGCCCUAUUUAAUUUUAUAUACCAUUUUUAUGUUAUGAAUAAUUGGCCUUGCCUUAAUAAUGCAGAAAUUCCCUGUCAAUUGUGAUGAUAUGUCUUGAAGAAAUCAAUAAAUAUAGACUUCAAUAUUGGAUCCAAGAAUAUUUUUACUCUUUGAAAAAAACAACGGUGUCUAUUUGGUAGGUCAUUGCAGCCUUUCAAAUGUAUUCAUUUGCACACUCACCUUGAAAUAUAGAUCUACUUGUUCUCUGGAAUUGCCCUUUGUUGCUUAACAAUUAUAUUAAAAUAAACAAUAAAACAAAUGAAAACUUGGAUUUUCCUGUGAAUGUUCAUGUUAAAAUGGAAAUUUCUUUUCAUUUUGUGUUUUGUAUAUCUAUUUUUAUUAAUCAGACGAUAUGUAAGUACGAUUUAGUUUGAUGAUGUUAUAAAGAUUAUCAUGCAAACUUGUGCAGUUUUAUGAUAUGUCACAUUUGUUAUGUGCUAACCAUAAUGUUGGAUUCGUAUUAGGUUGUAGAGGUAUUCUUUCAUAAGAUUAAUAUCUUGACUAUACCUUGGAAAGUAGAAAAUCAUUGCACUUUCUUAUCAUGACUUGAGCAGUUCUUAUUUUAUACUAACAAGAAAUAAUAAGACCAAAAUGGCAUGAUUGCUUAUUUCAGAUACGCUCCUGAUUUUUAGUGGAGCUUUUCUUUCUUUCUUUUUUUCAUUUGAGUACACGUCACAUCAAUAAAUACAUUUAUCUUUGUAGUACACGCA